ACUUUUUGAACGCAACACAAUCGGUAGCAAGCAGGGACGGACGGAUGCUGCUCCUGCGCCUUGCUCUGGUCGCGUGGACGGCGCUGGCCGCGCUCGCGGACGUCGGUAAGCUUAAGUUCCCGUCAGGAAGCCUCGUGCUCGUCGUCGGCGGCAACAUCACGACGGGUAUCUCCUGCGACCCGCCGCCUGCCUCGGACCUUCUGGUCAAGAUGAUCCUCACGAGCCGUGGAGGCGCCGGCGCCGGUAGCUUUCCCGUCAUUACGCCCAACCCGUGCGCAUCUCUGCCGGCGCGAAUGCAUCGGCCUUCAACAUUGUGGGCCACGGCGAAGGUCGCUACUACAUCCAGUACCAUCUCGCGGAAGGCCCGAGCUACGAGACCAACCACGACGAGUCGGUGAUCCUCGUGCUCAACGCCAACGACGGCUGGGAAGGCAUCUGGUUCCAAGUGCAGCUCAACGUUGCCGUCUUUGGCGCGGGUUUUCUUCUCUUCCUCAUUCGCCGCGUCUGGCCGCAUCUCGCCGUGCCGUUCUGGAACGCCCACCGCGAAGGCCUGUUUGAAAAGUUCAACUACGAAGGCUUGACGUCCAUCAAGUUUCAGGACAAGUACGCGUCGAUCUGUGCGCCGACGGUCUGCGAGCGCCUCCAGCGCUUCUUCUCGCUGCCCUGCGACAGCAAGGACGUCGUCGACAUUGCCGGCGUCGACGCCGCGCUGAGCAUGCAUCUGCAAAAGGACAUGGCCCAUUUCUUCGCCAUCAUGAGCGUCCUCAGCAUCGGCGUCCUCAUGCCCAUCCACUAUGUCUCGGGCCGCGACAGCCGCGACGGCAGCAUCGUCGCGUUUCAGCAGACGACGAUCGGCAAUGUGCCGCUCCAGAGUCCGUGGUACUGGGGCCACGUCGCCAUGUGCUAUGUCACCGCGGCGCUCAUCAUUUUUCUUCUCAAGCGGCAAAACGCGGUCGGGCGCCGCUUGCAUGUCGACGCCACGCGCAUGCUCGGCGCACGCAGCAUCCUCAUCCACGCCGGUCUUCCGAAAGAGUGGAGCAGCUACCAGCUCAAGCGGCAGCUCGCAACCUUCUUUCCUGUGGACGAUAUCAAGACCGCGGUCGCCGUCCAUGACCUCCAGGCACUCUACCGCAUUUUGGACGAGCGUGUCGCGCUGCGUAGCGAGUACAACCGUCUCUUGCAAACGUACGCCAAGCAGCAAUCCGGGACGCUCCCGAGCUUCAUGCUCUGGUGCCCCGGGUCGUUUUGCUGCCCGUCGAUCCCGAACGUCUUCCGCUCGUUCACGCAGUGCCUUCCGUGCAAGGCGCUGUGCUGCGCGCGCUCGGGCGGGCGAAACGCGAUCGAGUACUCGCCCAACCACAGUGGCGACCGCGACAUUGAACGCAUUCUGGAGCUUGCCUUGCCGCGCGACCGCCAGCGCGCCGAAGCGAUUCGUGACCGCCUCAACUCGUUCCCCAAGCAUGUCCUUGAGCUCUACGCCCAGCGGCGGGGCACGGGCGCGGCGUUCGUCGUCUUUCGCAGUACCGAGGCCAAAGGUCGGUUCCUCGAGCUCGUGGCCAAGGCGAAGCGCUCCAAGAAGAUGCUGCACUGGCCGCAAAUCUCGCAGCGCGACUUGCUCGAGCUCGAAGAGAACGCCGAGCCGCAAGAUCUGAGUGUCCUCAAGCCCCUCGUCGUGCAGAACGCGCCAGAGCCACAAGACGUCAACUGGACCAAUCUGACGUACCAGCCGCGGUCCAUCAAGCGCUUUCUCAAGUUUAUCUUUUACCAGUGCACGACGCUGUUCAUCCUCGUGGUGUUUUCAACGCCGACCGCCGUCCUCAUCUACGUCAACCUCGACAACGACAGCCCCGUGUACAAGCUCUUCACGCGCGAAGUCGACAACGUCGUGACCAAGUUUAUUACCGCGUACUUGCCCUCGCUCAUGCUCAUCAUUGUCAACUGGUGCUUGCUCACGUGUCUCUUUUACACGUCGUUCUUUGAGCCAUGGCUCUCCGAGUCGGAGCGCCAGCGCAGUUUUCUGCGCAAGGGCUUUGCCUACCUCCUCCUCAGCUCGAUCAUUCUGCCGUCGAUCGGCGUCACGGCCGUCUACUUGGCGAACGGCCAAGGGGGCUUUGACCGCGGGUCCGAAGUCGCGUACGUUGAGAAGUUUAUGUUUCAACUGUGCCGCAACUUUUUCAUCGCCUACGUCUGCCAGCGGGCCUUUCUCGGCUCGAUCUUCCAACUGCUGCGCAUUGGCGAGCGCCUCGUCUACCAGCCGUGGCUCAAGGCCCGCGCGAUCACGGCCGCCGAAAUGAAGGAAGCCGAUAUGCCGUGGCCUUUCUACUAUGGCUACGACUACUCGAUCGUGCUCAGCGUCUUUAUGGUCGCCCUCCUCGGCAUCGUGCUCUCGCCGCUCCUGACGCCGUUUGGCGCGCUCUACUUUUACAUGAAGUUUUACACGAUGAAGUACAACCUGCUCUACGUGCACCCGCGGAGCUCGGGGCGCGGCGACGUGGCGCGCUCGGCCUACAACAUUGUGUUUGUGUGCCUCCUCAUCUUCGAGGCGUGCGUUCUCUUUGUCAUCCUCGAGGUCGGCCAGCGCGAGCAGUUUCUGGCCAUGGCGCUCCUCAUGGCGGCCACGAUCGUCUUGUACUUUUCGUGGUGGCAGGAGCUCAACCAGAGCUUCGUGCCUGUGACGCCCGCGAUCGCCAAGUACCUCCAGAAGGACUACAAGCGCGAGACGGCGCACAAGUCGCUCGUCGUGACGACGAUGCGGCAGGGAAAGCUGGCCGACAUGAGUCCAGACGAGCAGCUGCGGUACGCGUUUGGGCGGCUCAUGGCCAUGACGGCUGCGCUGCGCGAGAAGGACGAGAAGCGCGCGUACAUCAACCCGUACGACGCCGGUCUCAAGGUGUUUUCGUGCCUCUACACGCAGCAGCAGCGCUGCGACGCAAUGGAGGCCAAGCGCUACGCGUUCCAGCUCCUCAAGCGCAAGACGACGCUGCAUACCAAGUAG